GCGACGGGUCGAAACGCGAUUCCGAUAGUAAUAUUAAAAUAAAUAUAUCUUUUAUUUUUUGGUUCGCACCAUUAACGAUCUUCAGCGGCGCGAACAAGGAUGACUCAGUCUUUCGCGAGAUCCCGUUCGGAGCAGUAGAACUUCGAUCUUUUCUGGCACGUACAUAUUCGCGCGCGUGUUCUACCGCCAGAUGUGACAGUGUAAAUCGGUUCGGUGUCAUAUGAACUUCAAUUUUGAAUCAAUCUUUCUGUCACAUCACACCAGUCGUCAGUGAUUGAGUGCUUACUCUUAUUUACGUUCGGUGAAGUGCUUCAGUGCUGUGAUUAAUUCGUCUAGACGAACUGAUUGGCAGGUUGGAAAUCGUACGGGCACACCCUCUCUGUCUGCUCUGACCGCGCUCGUGCAGCAAUUCCAACGUUUCUUAACUCUUACUCUUGGUGAACUGUGCGACAAAAUAUCAACGUCAUCGGAUUAGAAAUGAAGAAAAUGAAACAAGUCCUGCCACUAAGGCCGCUACCGUUGCUCACCCUGCUGCUGCUGGUGGUGCAUUCGUACGUUGACGGGGCAGUUUUCCAGAGUGAAAGCUGCAAGUCGGAAACGCUGGUCUUCUAUCGGAUCCGGCUCGUCACCAACUGGAGCAAGGAGCUCUUCCCGAAGCACUACCCGGAGUUUCGGCCGCCUCCGCAGUGGAGCAUGACCUACGGACAAUCUCACAAUGCAUCGUUCCGUCUGUUUCGAUUGAAUGAGCUUGCUUCGGAGCCAGUUAAGACAUUUGCCGAAACUGGUCAUGCGCACGCCCUGGAAGAGAAGUUGGCAAAUAGCCACACCGAACUGUAUGACGAAUUUCACUUGCCCAGAAUUCCGAAGGGACAAGGAACUACGGAUGGAACGUUCUUCGUUGACGGUCGGCACAAUAAGGUUUCGUUUAUUACGAAAAUUAUUCCCUCGCCGGAUUGGUUCAUCGGAGUUGAUUCCUUCAAUUUGUGUUCAGCAGGACGGUGGAUCGAUAAUGUGACCCUUGAUUUGAACCCGAUAGACGCGGGAACUAGCAAUGGAUUGACCUUUACCUCACCGAAAUGGCCAACUAAUCCACCGAAUGCAAUCGAAACCAUUACUGCUAGAUACCCGAAGCAUCUGGCCAGUAGCUUUUUCUAUCCGGAAAUAAAACACCUUCCAAGCAUCGCUCAUGUUACGUUCACGAAGCUUCGUGAGUACCAUAACACAAAGUCCACUCCGAGAAAGGUGAAAAAGUUCAAAUCCAAGCAACGGUCCAAGCUGCUGAGGAAGCUGGCCCAAGCCAAUCGGAAGCUGGAAAACGAAACCACCGCCGAUGAGCUGCCGACCGACGAUUGCCGCGUGAGCAGCUGGUCCCGGUGGAGUGCCUGUAGUAGGUCAUGUGGACUCGGCAAGCGCACCCGCACCCGAGUGGUGCUGAGCCAAGCGAAGAACCAGGGCAAGGAAUGCCCCCAUCUGAUGCAAACGCAAUGGUGUGGGUCGGCCCGAGAGUGUACCGUUAGUGAGAACUAUUUCCGUUGGUGACGAUUGUUGCUCUAAUAAAUGUUAAUCUUGGGAAUUUGGUUGGAAUGAGUGAUGUUUAGUUGGAUGUAUUGGGAAGGAAUGUGUCCUUGAAAGCAAUAAUAAAGAAGU